CGAAAUAGAUGCCAAUUGUCAUGGCGAGGUCCAUUUCCAAACUAUAUAUAUCCAAAGCUUUCUCCACCAUAACCCAUAUCAAUUUCCCAUCCCACCACCAAAAAGCAACAAUGGCUUCUUCUUCUUCUUCGAGUUCCCCUGCAUCUCUCUGUUUUUCCCUGACUCUGGUUCUUCUCUUCUCCUGUUCAUUCGCCGCCGCCCUGAGAUACCAACCGUCACCUACCAACCUGAAAUUCGACUCUGCAAAAUUGACGGCAAAAGGGCAGGCGGAGAUGAUGAUCAGGUCCCUGAAUUUGUUCCCCAAGCACGAAGCCAACGUCGUGUUGAACGACGAUUCGGCUCGAGACGAGCCGAGGAUCAGCGAGAGGAAAUUCAGCUUCAACGUCACCGGCGCCGCCGCCGGCGGCGGCGGGCAGGGGCCGUCGAUCGAGCAGUUUGGUCAUUAUGCCGGAUACUAUUCGCUUCCCAGCACCAAAGGCGCCAAGAUGUUCUACUUCUUCUUCGAGUCAAGGGUGAACAAGACCGAUGCUCCGGUGGUGAUUUGGCUCACCGGCGGGCCGGGUUGCGGUAGCGAGUUGGCGUUGUUUUAUGAGAACGGUCCGUUCAAACUUAACGACGAUUUGUCUCUGCGGUGGAAUGAUUAUGGUUGGGAUACGGCGUCGAACAUAUUGUUCGUAGACCAGCCCACUGGAACGGGAUUCAGCUACACGACCGACAACAGUGACAUUCGAAGCAACGAAGUAGGCGUGAGCAACGAUCUGUACAACUUCCUUCAGGAAUUCUUCAAAGGACACCCCAAAUACGCGAGCAACGACUUCUACAUCACCGGAGAAUCGUACGCCGGACAUUACAUCCCUGCUCUGGCUUCAAGAGUCUUCAAAGGAAACAAAAACAAUGAAGGAAUCCACAUUAACAUGAAGGGAUUCGCAAUCGGAAAUGGCCUCACCGACCCUGCAUUCCAAUACAGAGCCUACCCUGACUACGCUCUCGCAACAAAACUAAUCUCCAAGUCCGAUCACGACUCCAUCGUCAGCGACCUCGUCCCGCCUUGCGAAUCCGCCAUCGCUGCCUGCGCCAAGAACCACAAUUCCUGCGAGGACGCACUUCCCACCUGCAAUCAAAUCUUCCAGUCCAUUCUCAACGUCGCCGGCGGCAUAAACUACUACGACAUCAGGAAACAAUGCGAGGGAAGCCUCUGCUACGACUUCUCACUCAUGGAAAACUUCCUGAGCGACGACUCGGUGAAAUCGGCGCUGGGAGUGCAGGACAUCGACUACGUCUCCUGCAGCAGUCAGGUCUACGACGCGAUGGCCGGAGACUGGAUGAUCGACUACGAGACCGUGAUCCCGGCGCUGCUGGAGAGCGGGAUCAAGGUGCUGAUCUACGCCGGUGAGUACGACUUGAUCUGCAACUGGCUGGGGAACUCGAACUGGGUCAACGGGAUGAAGUGGUCGGGACAGGGGAAGUUCCAGGCGGCGGCCACCGUGCCGUUUGUGGCCGGCGGCGGCGGGGCGAAGGCAGGGGAGAUGAAGAGCUAUGGGCCGCUGGCGUUCUUGAAGGUGUACAAUGCGGGCCACAUGGUGCCCAUGGACCAGCCCAAGGCCGCGCUGCAGAUGUUGGAAGGGUGGAUGCAGGGGAAGCUUGCGUUGAUGACGACUGGGAGUACUAAACGAGGGAUUUCUCUUGUUUGAGUUGAGGAAGAAUUGGGGAUUGUUGAUAAUAUAUAUAGAUAUGAAGAAAUGGUUGGGGAUUGAGGAUUUGGAAUUGUGAAUUUUUAGUGGUACAUGUUGAUAUUUUUCAUCUUAUGAAAUUGAGGUGAAUUAUGAACAUGAUUUAAGAUAUAGACGAGAUUGUUUUCUGUCAUAAGUGAAUAUUCCAUUUUCAUAUUUCGUUAAAGAGUUUGGUAGGCUCAAACAUUUGCUCCUACGAAGAAUUGAAGUCACUAGGGUUAGAGGGGGAAGUGAAACUCGGGGCUCAAACUUGACGAAGUUAUGCAAAGUCUAAAAAUAUUCUUGGAUGUUGAUGGAUAACGUACUUGGAACUGAUUGUUCGAAACAUACAAAUGUUAUGAUUGGUUAGUGAC